AUGCAUUCCUUCAAGACCAUUCUCGUCGCCGCACUCCUCUCAACUGUCAUCGCGACACCUCUCAAGGAUCGCGCCGUCGACGUCGAUACUGAAUCCUCCAUCGAGAUUCGGGAUGUCGCUGGAAGCCGAUCUGGCAACAACGAUUGUGACUACGGCGACAAGAGCCGUCUCGACAGCGAGAUCCGCAACAGGCAGCAAAUGAAGGACCGCCUCGAUGCCGAGAUUAAUCGCCGCCAGGAUAUCAAGGCUCAACUAGAUGAGGAGAUUCGCAGGAAGCAGAACAGUGGAUGCCGUGCUUGA